AUGUCCAAUGACGCAGCUGGUGCAAAAUUGUGUUCUGUAGAUUUUGAGAUAUUUGGCCAUGUCCAAGGGGUCUGUUUCAGAAUGUACACAGAAAAGGAGGGUCUGAGACUGGGUCUGUGUGGCUGGGUGAAGAACACCAACAAGGGCACUGUGGUCGGCCAGGUUCAGGGGCCUGCAGACAUGAUCUGUGAGAUGAAGGUGUGGCUGAGUAAGGAGGGGAGUCCCAGCUGUCGCAUCACCCGAGCCUCGUUCUCCAAUGAGAGAUCCAUUGACAAGGUGGAGCUCUUUGGCUUCAAGACACGCUUCUGA